AUGGCCGAGCGUAGGGCAUGCCAAGACGUCACUAGUGGUAGAAAGCCAAGAUCGACGCUGGCCACGCAGCUUCGGGGAUUAUCUGGCGGGAGGGCACAGCGGGAAUGGUACGUCUCUAGCCUGACGCGACAGAAGCAGCACACUUCUGGAUCACGAAAGAUGAAGAUCGCAGGAUUGCGGUGUGGUGGAAGUCAUUGGAAGAUAGUGGCGGAAGUUAAGUUUGCCAUACGAGGGCUUGGGAAGGCAGCGUCAUGGUGGGGUUUCACAACAGGGAAUGCUGCUAAGCCGUGGAAUGAGCGACGGGCGGGGCGCGGAACCACAGAUUGGCUGGCAGGAGACACUAUCACUAGUAAACACCCAAUGGAUUCGCUUCACAGACGCCGGUGGAUGCAGUCUGGAUCCCCAAUGGCCCCCCCUCUUUACAAGCAAGGGAAGUACUUACUACCAGGGCAGUUUAUGGUGCAAUUCCAGGUCACUAACAUUCCCUAG